AUGGAAAAUCGUAUGAAUAAAAUGAAUCGAAAUCCUCUCUCUUUGAAUGAAUUUACAUACGAUUUUUCGGGCUUCGAGCGAACUGUCCACGAAGGCGUGCCUUUGAUCAAUAUAACAAAAUUAGCAAAAACCAACAAAACCUCCAAAACAAAGACCCACAAUGCAUACCAACCGACAAAAUAUGCUCCUGUAGAGCAUACUAACCCAUCUCACUCAGCAAAAUAUGUUGAUUAUUUGUGGGCUGUGAAAUUCUUGAGCUCUCGUGAUAAUGUUCAGCAGGAAGAGUUUUUGCAAUGGGUGGCUGUUUGUUUGUUUCAACAAUUAGAGUAUGGGAGUUGUCAACCUAUCACAAUUAGUGAAAACAACUCUUCGACCAGUACUAUUGAUGAUUCUAACAACAUUGAUGUGCAUUCUAGUUUUGGAUUGUCUUGUUCAAACUGUGGACAUUCGCAUAUAACAGGGAAAUCAAUCUCUAAGAAGAGAAUAUGGUCUCUCACUGAUUCCACUUACAGAAAUUCUAAAGUAAUGGCUUACAUGAACACAAUUCAACAAAUGUUUUCCGUCAGUGGUGUUAUCAUGAUUGAAGUGUUGGCAUUAUAUUUUCAAAAUUUUCUAGCACACUUUUUGGCUUUGUUGAGUUAUGUUGUUCUAAAACCAGGUUCUGAAACUGAACGAGUUGUGUCUCGUUAUAUUACAAUCCGUCAAAAUUUUUUUGCUCAAAUUCCAAACGUGCGCAAUGCUAAAGAAGAUAUUCUAUUGUUAAAAGAUUUCAUGUUGUUGAGUGAUGAACGGUAUCAACACUUCGUAGACUAUGUUCAGUUGAAGGGAUUUUUACCUUGCUCGGAAACAUUAUAUAGAUGUAGAAAAGAAAUUAAUACUGCUAUCACUCAAAAAUAUGAAAUACAAUAUAAUGGUGUGCGUCUUAAUUGUAAUUUCCUUAAGGUAUUGCAAGACAUGCUAAUAAUUCAUAGAAAUGAAUGCGAGAGAGCAAAUGUUAAUCCUCAAAUAGGAGUUUUGGAGUUGAAAAUGGUUAUUGACAAAGGAGCCAAUUCAUUCCUAAUCGGUGCAGUUGGUCCAUUAAAUUUGAUAUUGUCUCCCCAAAGCAGACAUUCGUAUGUAUCAUGCGUAGCGUUGGAUGACGAAGAGAGCAAAGAAAAUUCUACAUCUAUAUUUAAGUAUAUGGUAGAAAUAUUGAAUGCAUCUAUAAUGAUUUUACAUCCUUUCAUAUUUGAUGUUGCUCAACAAUUACCCCUUCCAAUAAUAGUAUAUUUGACAAAUGAUUUAAAAAUGGUAGGAUUAGUAACAGAUUUGAAUGAUGAUGACUGUUUCUGUCCAUAUUGCAAAUGCAAGAAACAUGAAAGACAUCUCUUUGAAAAAGAAUGUGAAUAUCGUUGCUUAAAGUAUCACACUAAUCCAAAAUUCAAUAUUGCAACUCUCCCGUGUUCUCUUCACUUGAAAAUAAGAGUUGUUUGUAAUUUGAUGUUACAAAUAUUCCUAAAACAAAAAUCGUUCACAAUUUGCAAAACCAUCCAACAGAGAAUUAGUGAGUUACCACAUUGCUCUCAAUUUAAAUAUAGAAAUACACAAGUGGAAGAUGAUGACAAUGAUGAUGUUGUUGGAGCUAGGAGUGACCAAUUUUUGCCAGAUCUGCCAUAUUUGAAUGGUAACCAAGCAGAUCAAAUAUUGUUAAAUUUUGAAACAAUUUUCGCUGGGUUUUUAGAUUUUAGGGAAAUAUUUAUCUGGCAACUUACUCGAAUCAUUAUUUUCUCAUAUGUACAAGGACCCAAUAGUUUAAAAGGAAAUGUAGAAGAGUAUUUUAAGCUCAAAUUAUAUUGCAAAUGGCUCGGAAUGCUAUUAAUUGAUACAUAUCCAACAUCUAAAUUUGCGUAUUAUAUUCAUAUAUUAGUUAAGCACGUAGCAAGUUUGAUUUUCAUGCACGGACCACUCAUCAGGUUUGCUAAUCAAGGAAGUGAAAAUAUUCACGCUGGUCAUAUUCUUGGAGUGGAACGAGCGACAGCAGCAGGAGGAAGGGCAAAAGAAGAUAACAAGAAGACUCCUAUGGAACAAGUGGUAUUCCAAGAGUUCCGAAGAAUAUAUUUAACAGCCCAAAGAGACAUUCCUUGGCAAUCGAAGUUAAAUGAUACAGUUUACGUUACAAGUUGGAAAUCGGUUUCCAAUGAAUAUGAAAUUUUACAGAGAUUGGAGCUGGCUCAAGGUGAUGCGUGGAAAUCUGUGUUGCGCUUGAUGAUAGGUGUUACUGAUGAAAACAACGUACAAUCAACAGAAAGGUGGUCACAGCAAUCUUGUAAUUUUUUUGAAAACGAGUUUUAA